GUUCAAGUCCGGAACGUUCUGGAGACAAUAUUGAAAAUGCAGCCUCAAACCAAGCAAUAAAUUGAGUCAAUACUCACAUUCUCUUCCUGCAGUCUACAGAGCAAUGCACAUUCUGGUCCAAUUCUGCACGGGUUUGUGGUACAACAGCAAGCUGCAAGGCACCGAAGCGCACGAGCAUCCCGCCACAAAGAGAACCUACAGGUUUCAACUUCUCCCCCAAGAGCUGACGACUCUCAACUUAGACAUCCAGAGGCCAUAGCAAUUCCACCCGAACGCCUCAAAGCUUGAUUCUUACCCCUCGCAGCAAAGCCGUCGCACUGCCAGCAUGCAAUCCUCCCGUAACAUUCUGUAUUCGCAGCGCCACAAAAGCUUGGCCAGCGCACAGCUCUCCUGGCCAGAAGCAGUCUCACCAGCACCAACUUUUACCAAUGCUUUCUCUGUGAAGCUGAACCUUCCUGGGCGAUAAUUUAGUUCCUGAGCUCGUUGUCGUGGCCGAAAGCCCUGCGGCGUAAAGAAAUUAAGAGGCGUUGCAAGUUCACUUCUCGAUGGUCAGCCGUGGCGUCUUUGGUGAGAUUGCACGGCUAGCUAUGACAGAUUGGAGUCGACGCCUCACGAGAAUUUUCUCCUGGGGACACGAGGACCGCGACAAGGUCUUUCCGUGUCAAAGCAGCUUCGAGGGGAAAGUCGAUUAAGUCGUCAAGUUUGCGUUCCUUGAGCGUGUAACACUUUGGCUGCAAGAACCCGAGACUCGCUAGGUGGCUGCCAUGCAGGUUAUCAAGUCUGUUGCUUUGGGCUAGAUUUUUAAGCCUCUCGGAAUUUCUUUCGUGAUAUAUAAUUCUGGCUUGCAUUUCUACUUGGCUUCAUUUAUCGAUGGUCUGUAUGCGGCUCAUCGCCAAUUUAUAGUCAUGUCGUGGAGUGCUGCAUAGCUCCAAGCUGGAUUAUUCAGGGGCUGGACGUCCCUCCGAAUUGGCGAAUCGGGAAGCUGCUUCUGAAUAUAGAUCUUGGAAGCAUCUUCGUGCAGCCAGAAGCCUUGGUUCCUUACCUGAUCUGGCACUCAGAUCGAUCUAUCUGUGCCUUCCCUUCCUUAUCGUUACAAUGAGGCUUGCUGCAGCACCUGCAGUAGUCAUCAUUUCCUCUGCCACCGGGGAACGGCAUGGCAUAUCAAGAUUGAGCUAACCUCUUCCUCGGCACCUCCCUCCAAGUUUCCUGGGUGAACGCCUUUCAUUGUUCUUUGCCAUCUCAAUUAUCGUGGAUUUUCGUUGACUUCCAUCUCCAUCUUGCAUGUUCAGAGCGCGUACUUCGAUGUCAAGGAUUUAUCAAGCAGGUAUCCGCUGUUACUCGACAUGAUCAACAACGGUCUUCCCUUCGUCUUUACUUUCUUUGUUUGUUGUUCAAAACUCGACUCGAUACGAUUAUUAGUGACCUAAUCACAGCUUCAUCGCUCGUCCGCGUGCGUUAUGAAGUUAGCCAUACCAUCAAACAUCUAGUUGUAUCUCCAGUGAUUCAGUGUGGCAAAGCUCACCCGUCCUGGAACCACACUCGUUUUAUAACUUGAUACUCAGCAUCUCCCACAGUCAUUACCUGGUGCAGGCUACUCACACUCAUUAUGCGCUUCUCAAUACUAAUCGCCGCGUUGGCGAUGGCACGGCACUCAUUCGGGGUUGCAUCUUAUGAUGAAUACCGUGAUGCCGAUGCCUCGCAAUCCGGCUACCUACCUAAUCAUAAUAUGGAUCCGAGUAUCGUCGAUUCUUCAGCUUUUGGGCAAAUCUGGAAAGUUGCAUUCAAUCCGAAGGAACAGUUCUAUGCAAAGCCUUUGACAUACACACCACUUGCAGGAGGUCCUCAACUUCUGUUUAUGGCAUCGAGUCAAAACUGGAUCCGCACAUUGAACGCCAAAACAGGAGCUUUGGUCAACUCUCGUCAAGUCAACACCCCCUUCUUGCAGUCAGAUAUUGGGUGUGCAGAUAUUCCUAAUACCAUUGGAAUCACUGGUACACCUGUGAUCGACCCCGCUACAGAUAUUGUCUACUUCUUCGCGAAAACAUAUAUCCCUGACCUCCGCGUUCCUGGAAACACUGGAACACCAAAUGGAGUCUACUACUUCCACGCUGUCAACAUCAACACGCUUGCCGAUGUCUAUCCACCUGUACUUAUUGAUGGCUCUGUGGCAGACAACGAUCCAAGAAAAUAUUUCCAUGGCGGCGUCAUCUUACAGAGACCUUCCCUCACUCAAAUAGGAUCAGUUGUCUACGGUGCCUUUGGUGGCCACUGUGAUCUUUUCAACUACACAGGAAUAGUCCUUGGUGUCGAUAUCAAAAAGGCCAAAAUCGUCACGCAAUUUGCAGUUGAAAGUGGUCCGCUCACUGCUCAAACCAACAAUCUGCUCCAAGGUGGAGGUGGUGGAGAGGCUGGGAUAUGGAUGAGUGGGAUGUCCCCAGCAACCGAUGGCCAAAGACUCUUUGUCGUCUCUGGCAAUGGUGUCGGCCAUGAGAACUUCGGUGCCCCUGCUUCAGGCUCAAGUGGAUGUCGAACUCUGGGAGAGUCGGCUAUCGAUCUAGCAGUUGAUUCUUCGACGGGAAGAUUAGCGUUGGCUGAUUACUUCCAGCCAUACGACUACAUCAAUAUGGAUGGAAAUGAUCAGGACUUUGGCGCCGGUGGACUUGUUCUCCUCGACCCGUCAACAUUCUCUGGAGGCAGUAUCGACAAAAUAGCUGUGACUGCUGGAAAAAACGGGAAAAUCUAUAUCCUCAAUAGUAACAACCUUGGAGGAUACAAGCUUGGAGCUGGCCAGACAGACGGUAUUAUCCAGACUAUUCCCACAGGUAAAUCUGUAUUUGGUGCUGCCGGCUCUUAUCCUCUCGAAGGCGGAUAUAUCUACGUGACACCAGUUGGAUACCCCACAUACGUCUACCAACUUGGGUUUACUUCUGGAGGUGUACCGCAAUUCUCAAAAGUUGCGGAGACCAAUGAGAUAUCUGCUGGGCGAGUUGGGGUUGGUGUUCCAACAAUUACGUGUCUUGAUGGCCAACCUGGAACUGCAAUCCUCUGGAUGACUGAUCCCGACGCGGGCAUAAGAGCUUGGUAUGCUGUCCCAGAGAAUGGAGUCAUGAAAAACAUUCCAUUGCCCCAGAUUGGAGGAGCAAACAAAUUUCAGCGGCCUGCUUUUGGCGACGGUCGUGUCUACACAACAGAUGCUAAUGGCGUUCUUUAUUGUCUCGGUUCUCCCGUCAAUUUACCGCUGAACUGUACCUCGCCGGUAGACUUUGGUCAAGUCGCCCUCGGGGCUAAGGCGACUCGAGUUGUCAAUUGUACUGCAACUGCUGCCAUCACUUCUCUCAAUGGUCUCGAUAUCGAAAACGACUACUUCCGUGCAAGUAACGCAAGUCUACCAAAGGGUCCCCUUGCCGUUGGGGCGAAAUUCUCCAUUCCCGUCACUUGGGAUCUCACCAAUGUCCAAGUCACCAGCAACGACAAUGCAUCAUACAGUAAUGUUGUUCCUGGAAUUAAGAGCACUCCACUCACUCUCUUCACGACGAAUGCAGUUCCUGGUUACGCAACCGUCUUCCCAAUCUCGCUGAUAGGAACGCAAGUAUCCACAAAGCCAUUCCUUGCUGUCACUCCAUCUACCGUCGAUUUUGGUGGCAUAAUCGUGUUGGACCCCAACAGCAUUGAGCCAAACUCAGGUGUUGUUACCAUCGCCAAUAAAGGACUGAGCCCGCUCACUAUCCUUGGGUACGCUUACACGAAUGAGAAGCUACAAAAUUCGCCAAAGUAUGUGAACAGUACAGUCAAGAAUGGCAAGUGGGAUAUGGGACCAGGGUUUUCUGCUGUCACUCUUCCUGCAAUUGGAAGCAAGAUUGCAGCAAAUAAGGCCAUCUCUAUUGAUGCUGCAUUCUUUCCUACAGCAGGGACUGGGGUCUACAACACUUAUUGGCAAAUUUGGUCGGACGGUGGGUCAGUAAGCGUUACUCUCGAGGGAUCAGCAUCUACGGCACCAGUUGCGAACUUUUCGAUCAGUAAUGGUCAUGGGGGAUGGUUACCUCAGACCAAUCUACUCAUGGAUUUCGGCAAAGUUGCCCCUGGAAGCUCAUCAUCACGCGAAAUCCGUCUUUGCAAUAAUGGAGGAUCAUCUCUGCAAAUCUCCAAGAGCAAGCCUCCAUAUGGCGUGUUCCACAUUAGCGAUCCUACGAUGCUCCAUGAAUCUCAACUGAUCGCCACAGGAGCCUGUGCAUAUGGCGAGGUUCUGUUUGUCGCCAACACGGAAGAGUACAACCAACCGGACCUCACUCUCAAUAACAGCUGGACUCUCAAUGCUAAUGAUCUUACUUGGGGCGUACAUGUCAUUGAAAUCACCGGCACGGUUAUCUCUAACAAAGUUGGGCCGCUCAAUUCUACUGGGGCCACCGUGUAUCAGUAUCUUGGCUGCUUCAAAGAGAGCACUAGUGGACCACGACUGUUUCCAAAUGAGCCUCUUGGCCCAAGCGAUAGCAACAGCAAUGGAAUUUGUCAAACUGCGUGUUUUACAGCAGGCAAGUAUGCUUUCGCAGGUACAGAAUUUGGGACAGAAUGCUGGUGCGGCAAUACUCCACCUCCUUUGGCAAGUUUGGAUCCCACCGAUACACUAUGCAAUUUUGGCUGUCCAGGUGAUUCCAAUGAUCGAUGUGGAGCGACUGGCUAUGUCUCUGUCUUCUACGAUCCCACGAAAUAUGUCAAAGGAACAGACCCAAGUCUAUAUGGCCCGCAAGUCCCGAAGCAAGUUGGAAACUACGACUACUUGGGGUGUUACAGCGAGGCAACUAAUGGCCGUGCAUUGAGUGACAAGACGCCUGCUGAGCCUGCAGGUGGAUUUACUCUAGGAAGCUGCAUGACAGCGUGUCAAGGAUAUACUUACUGGGGAAUGGAAUAUGCGAACCAGUGCUAUUGCGGAAAUAUACUCGGUGCUGGUUCGGUUAAUCAAACCAGCUCGAACCCCUCAAUAAAUGGUUGUAACAUGGUCUGCAAAGGCGAUUCGCUUCAGUGGUGUGGAGGGGGAGGUCGUCUUAACCUGUACAUGCUAGACGGUAAAAAACCUGUGCCAACCAGCACCGUUAAGUCCAGCAUUACGACAAAAUCAGUAUCUACAGGUGUCUCAACAAGCUCGAAGCGUAUUUCUAGCUCUUUAAUAGCUACUGCAACGUCUGCGCCAACGCCGACCGGACCACUUACUGUCACGAAUAUUCCGGGAUGGUCCUACCUCGGCUGCUAUAGCGAAGCCACUACCGGACGUGCUUUGAACAGUCUCCUCCUCCCUAUAUCUGGUCCUAAUACUGAUGUUGAGACCUGUGGUGCAGCAUGUGUAGGUUACAACUUCUUUGGAGUCGAAUAUGGACAAGAAUGCUACUGUGGAAAUGUGAUUCGCAGCGGCAGCAUCGCCCAAGAAAGUGCCGACCCAAAGGUCAACGGAUGCUCAAUAGUGUGUGCCGCCAAUCCUCUUGAAUACUGUGGCGGUGGAGGACGUCUAAAUAUCUACCAAGCUGCCCCAAUUAGCAGCUCCGCGACUUCAGUCAUAUCAACCCGGCUUAGCUCGUCAACGGUAUCCACGAAGUCAUCGAGCAAUUCGCGAUCAUCUUCAACAAGUUCGAAGACUAGUUUUACACUGCCGACCAUCACUUCAAGGUCAUCCACAAAGACUUCUUCCAGCAGCCUGCGUCUCUCCACGCCCAGCACUAGGCAAACCUCAAGUUCGAAGGUGCCCUCCAGCUCAGUGAAGCCCAGUUCGAGUAGUUCCAAGCUGUCUACGUCAAUCACAAGCUCCUCCUCCAGUAGGUCAUCAUCUCUCAGCAGCUCCCUUUCUCGACGCUCCAGUUCGACCAGCUCGAAGGUUUCUACGGUCUCGGUCAAGACAAGUUCAGUUUCGUCCAAGUCAUCUACGACAACUGUCAAGUCCUCCUCAUCCAAGGUCACAACAUUGACUCAAAUAUCUGCUACGAGGUCUUUAUCAACGUCGAAGCUAUCUACAUCUUCCGUGACGAAAAAUAGUUUGAGAUCUGGUACAACGACUAAAUCUUCCACAGCUAGUGUCAAGUCAACAACGGCAUCAAGGAGCAGCACCACAACGUCGAAGCUCAGUUCUUCUACAACUCUUCGCUCGACGACCACUGGUAACUUUCGCAUUUCCUCACAAUUGACUAUGAACCAAGACUGAUAGAAACUUAGCCUUCUCAUCUUCCCGAACCUCGUCCAAAACUAGCUCAUCCACGAAAGUCGCAACAUCAACAGGUCCUCCUCCACUAUGGACCGGAACACCGACCCCCGGACAAAUGAGCGGCUCUUGGAAAUAUAUGGGCUGUGCCAACGAAGUCGAAGGUCGCACUUUAUCAGGAGCAGCCUAUGCAUCCGGUGACUCCAUGACGGUUGAAUCUUGUCAAGCAUUCUGUGCAGCCAACAAUUUCGCACUUGCAGGGAUCGAGUAUUCGUCAGAGUGCUACUGCCAUAACCAGCUCACCACUCCCGCGACACUUGGCUAUACUGACUGCACUAUGCCCUGUGAUGGGAAUCCUCUUGAAGUCUGCGGGGGUCCCAGCAGACUUAGUGUGUUCAACAACACUGCCUACGUCUAUCCUUCCCAUCCUAAAAGCGUCGGGCAAUACACAUAUCAAGGCUGUUACCAAGAAGCGCCUGCUGGUCGUCUACUUGAGGCGGUGAUGUACACUGAUGGGGCGAACAUGUCAGUUGAAUCAUGCGUUGCUUUCUGCCAGUCGAACAUGCCAGAUGGAACUUAUGCGGGCAUUGAAUACGCUAGCGAAUGCUACUGCGCAUCAACAAUGCCAACUACAGCUGUGCAGGCAGCAAGCACGAGUUGUAGUAUGUUAUGUAGUGGAAAUAAUAAAGAAUAUUGUGGCGCGGGAGGCUUUUUGGAUGUAUAUAAAUACCAGCCGAUACUGCUCAAGGAUAGGAGAUACGAGGAAAAGCAUCUGCAGGCAUUCUGAGUGGUCAGUAUGAAAGAAUUGCUUUUAGUGUAAUUUAGAAUAGAUCAAUAGACUAGUGGCUUAUAAUGCUGG